AUGUUUAGUCAGUCAUCAACACUUAAUAUCAAUAAGACAAUCCAUGCUGGACAGAAAGGUUACGUUUGUAAGGAAUGUGGCAAAGCCUUCAACUGGCACUCAACACUAAUUCAAAAUCACCUAGUGCAUACUGGAAAGAGACCUUACAAAUGUGAAGAAUGUGGUAAAACUUUUAAGUAUGGGUCAUCGCUAAAUGGACACAGGAAAAUCCAUACUGGAGAGAAACAUUACAAACUUAAAAAAGGUGGGAUGGCCUUUACCCAAGACUCACCUCUUACUAAACACCACAGAAUUCAUGCUGGAGAGAAAUCUUUGGAAUGUCAACAAUGUGGCAAAUCCUUUAACUGGCCCUCAAGCUUUAAUCGACAUUCCAGAAUCCAUACCGGAGAGAAACCUUACCAAUGUAAAGAAUGUGGCAAGGCCUUUAAGUGGCACUCCUACCUUAAUCAACAUCACAGAAUUCAUACUGGAGAAAAACCUUACCAAUUUAAAGAGUGUUGCACGGCGUUUACCUGCACCUCAGAUCUUACUGGACAUCACAGAACCCAUACUGGAGAGAAACCUUACAAAUGUCAAGAAUGUGGCAAGGCUUUUAGCCAGCAAUCAUCCCUUAUUCAACAUCCCAGAAUGCAUACUGGAGAGAAGCCUUACAAAUGUAAAGAAUGUGGCAAGGCCUUUAACCAGCCCUCAGUCCUUACUAGACAUCACAGAAUCCAUACUGGAGAGAAACCUUACCAAUGUAAAGAAUAUGGCAAGGCCUUUAAACAGCUCUCACACUUUAACCAACAUCACAGAAUUCAUACUGGAGAGAAACCUUACCAAUGUAAAGAAUGUGGCAAGGCCUUUAACCAGCCCUCAGUCCUUACUAGAUAUCACAGAAUCCAUACUGGAGAGAAACCUUACCAAUGUAAAGAAUAUGGCAAGGCCUUUAAACAGCUCUCACACUUUAACCAACAUCACAGAAUCCAUACUGGAAAGAAACCUUACCGAUGUAAAGAAUGUGGCAAGGCCUUUAACCAGCCCUCAGUCCUUACUAGAUAUCACAGAAUCCAUACUGGAGAGAAACCUUACCAAUGUAAAGAAUAUGGCAAGGCCUUUAAACAGCUCUCACACUUUAACCAACAUCACAGAAUUCAUACUGGAGAGAAACCUUACCAAUGUAAAGAAUGUGGCAAGGCCUUUAAGAACUAUCCACAGCUUACUCGACAUCACAGAAUCCAUACUGAAGAGAAAUCUCACCAAUGUAAAGAAUGUAGCAAGGCCUUUAGUCAACAGUCACACCUUAUUAAACAUCACAGAAUUCAUACUGAUUGA